CCGCCAACCUUCCCCUGCCUUGAGUUUUGGUCUCUAGAUUUUAUUUCCUCAUAAAUGGGAGGAGAUAUGCAGCGAGGAGGGGGCGGAGUGUCCUCACUGUCCUGUCAUAACUUCUUUGAUGCUGAUGGAAAGAGACAUCAGUGCAUUUUCUGGCAAACAUACUUCCAGCUCCUUUGUAAAAUAUUUGGAGGAUAUACAGUAAAACCAUGCUGCCACUGUUAAUAGGCUUGUUGGCAUCUUUUUCUCUGCAAAGCUCAGCACUCCCCUUGAAAAAUGACUCUGCGUCCCUCCCACGGACUUUUGCUGGACACUUUGUGAUGGUCACAGAUGAGCCUGUGGACUACAUCGGCCUGUCUGUGGAAGACCUUUGGACCUAUGAUGAGGGCUCCGGCUCAGAGUUGGAGCAGGAACCUGUGAAAAAACACGGCCACCACGGCCCACAACGCCAUUCCCAUAAGCACUACUUUGUCUCAGAAGAGACCAAAAGAUUUCUACAGGGUCGCCUGGCAACAAGCUUUGUCCCGACCGUUUACACCCUGGUCUUUAUCAUCGGUGUGCCCCUCAACCUCGUUGCCGUGGUGAUCUUUGUGCGCCACAUCCGUCCCAGAAAGCCGGCCGUUAUCUAUAUGCUGAACUUGGCUUGCGCUGACCUUUUGUUCGGCCUGCUCCUUCCCUUCAAGAUUGCCUAUCAUUACCAUGGCAACAACUGGAUUUAUGGCCCCUUCAUGUGCAGAGUGGUCACCGCGGCCUUCCACUGUAACAUGUACUGCUCUGUCCUGCUCAUCAUGUGUAUCAGCAUUGACCGUUUCCUGGCUGUAGUUUACCCCGCGAACUCCCUGACGUGGCGCAGCCCUCAGGCAGCAUCAGCCGUGUGUGCUGCCAUGUGGGUGUUAUCUCUGGGAGGAGUUUUCCCUCUCCUGCUCUCCGGACAGACCGUGCAUUUAUCAGAUCUCGGCAUCACCACCUGCCACGAUGUGCAGGAUGUGCAAAACCUACAAACGUAUUAUCUUUACUUCUUCCCCAUCUACUCCUCUGUCUUCUUCUUCAUCCCUCUCGCCUUCACUGUCGUCUGUUACGUACGGAUCAUUCAGGCUCUGGCUGCGGCCAACGUGGAGAACCGCUCCAGGAAGGCUCGAGCCGUGGUGAUGGCUGUGGUGGUGCUGGUGGUGUUCGCGGUCUGCUUCACGCCCACCAACAUCAUCCUGAUGGUCCACUAUGUUCAGGUGGUCCAGAGGUCCAGCGACAGUUCCUACCAGGCGUACCUGCUGUCCAUGUGCAUAGGCACCCUCAGCUGCUGCCUGGAUCCAGUCCUCUAUUACUUUGGCUCGUCUCAGUGCCAGAAACAGGUGGCGUCACUGCUGAGAUGGAAGCGUCUGGCGGAAACUCACAGCGCUGGAAGCAGCGACUGCACGGACAGCAUCAGAGCGUGCAAGAUGGAGAGCGUUCAGACUGGCCAGGGGAGCCAUUACAGCAGGCUGGAGGCUUGAAAAUGGACACGGGCAGUCUGUCACUGAGAAACUUUACAAACUAUCUCUCACACUGUCAUACUUCAGAUUCAGUGUGUAGUUGAAUCACUACUAAGAAAAAGCUUAGGUUGGAUGAGGAAAAAAAAAAGUGGAGAUUUAUUUGUAUCGAAAGAAACAUGUUUACAUAAAAACAACAUUUUGUGUUAUUUUGUAAUCAUAUAGCCUAUUCUUAUUUUCAGUGAAUUAUGGAAAUCAUAGAGUUAGUCUAUCUCAACCAAAACUGCUUUCCUAAACAAUAUAAGACAUGAGUGUAGUAAUAUCUUUGUUACGGAUGUUUUAAGAAAAUAUGUAAAGGAGGUUGGAUCAUUGAUUUCUUGACAUAUCGCAUGGAUGAAGCCGGAAAUACAGUACAGUGUGUGUAAAGUACAGGUAAUUCAGUCAAAACAAAUAACAACAACAACAACAUUGUACAUAUUAUUCCUUAAUACAUGUUGUUGUC